AUGGAAUUGACAUCUUUGUCCUUUGCAAUUCUCAGCGCUUAUUUAUAUGGAGGGAAGGCUCUUGGAAUGACUUACAAAAUGCCGGUUUUCCCUACGUUGAUUGUUCUCCUGUGUGUGCUUGUCAGCGAGGCCGCCAAUUUGGAGGAUGAAAGGGUUUGUCCAGCACUAGAUUACUGGAACCAGAACUUGCCCAACACAUCCGUUCCCAACGCUCUACGCCAAGCCAUCUGUCCUCACACCAUAGCAGAUCAUCAGCUUGAAGAUGUUAAGGCCGGAGAUGUAUCCAUAUCUAGUCAGAAGUAUAUUGUACCCGGAGGAGGAGAUUUAACCAUAUAUGGCCAUAAGUAUAUUACACCUCAAGUAGGAGAUGUAUCCAUUUCUAGUCAUAACUAUAUUCCACCUCAAGUAGCAGAUGCAUUCAUCUCUAGUUAUAACUAUAUUCCAUUUCGAGGAGGAGAUGUAACCAUAUAUGGUCAUAAGUACAUUACACCUCAAGUAGGAGAUGUAUCCAUCUCUACUCAUAACUAUAUUCCACCUCAAGAAGGAGAUGUGACCAUAUAUAAUCAUAAGUACAUUACACCCCAAGUACGAGAUGUAUCCAUCUCUAGUCAUAAGUAUAUUCCACUUCGAGAAGGAGAUGCAACUAUAAAUAGUCAGAAUGGCGAAACAAGAUUUUGUGCAACCUCAAUGGAAUCUAUGAUAGACUAUAGUACUGCAAAACUUGGAAGUAAUGAUUUGAAUGUAUUGGUUACAAAUCUUCCCAUCAAUUUCAAUUCUGAAAAUCAUCAAUACUCUGUCACCGCUUUGUUUGCUGAAACCAAUUCUAGUUCCAAGCAUGUUAUUUGCCACAGCUUAAUGUAUCCAUAUGGUAUAUACAUGUGUCAUGAGGCUAAAGGAACCGAGAUCUUUGAAAUAUCUCUCAGUGGCCCAGGGACAUAUGGAAGCUCUAUACCAAUGAAGGCAAUAUGUCAUGCAGACACUAGUGGUUGGAAUCCAGAGCAUGCAGCCUUCGUGGCAUUGAACGUGAAACCAGGCGAGGAAGGAAUCUGCCAUUUCAUGCUUGAAGGAACUAUUGCAUGGCUGCUUGCCAACUGA